AUGAAAAAUUGCACUCUCCUCAAACAAUUAGAACUUAGUACUCAGACUCACAUCUUAGAUAUUAUUCAUAAGACUUCAUCUAAACAUCAUCUAUCUGACUUAUAAACUCAAUAGAUAUAAUAGUAUUACAAACAACAACCUUCCAUAAACACAUUUCUAGAAUUGUAUUCCCAAAGUUUAUUACGUUGUGAUUGUGUCAAAUACUAAUAAAUUGUAGAUGAAAUCAAUGAUCAAAUUCAUGCCUACUUCUAGACUCAAACUACUUUGAUCUAAAAGAUAAUUGCAUAAGAAAGGAAAUCAUAAUCUGAACCAGAACCUAUGUAAAUAGAAGAUGAUGAAGAAUAGAUUAAUAACAAUAAUAAUCCAGAUGAUCCAAUAUAAUAAGAUGAUCCUCAAUUAUAAUAACCAUCACAAUAAACUAAUAUCCCUUGUUCCUAAUAAUAACCUAUUAAUACAUAAUAAACAACUUAACCAUCCCAAACUAUUGAAGAUGAAAUUUGUAUACCAAAUUCUGUUAAAUUAAAGUAUAGAAGAAUAAAUACAGGACCAUCUGAAAAAGAAGCCAAAUGUGAAUAUUGUGUAUGUCAAGGCAAACCUCCAACAGAAUAAGAAAAUCUAAUUUAAUGUCUAUUAUGUUUGAAUUACUUACAUUUUGCAUGUAUUGCUAAAUCUAAAGAAUCAUUUGAUAAAUGUUACAAAGACUUAGAAUUUGUAUGUCCUCCUUGUGUACUUAAAUAUAUGGAUCAUUUUAACAAAAUAUAGAGUUCUUUAGUACCACCUUCUCCUUUUCAAUAAGUUGGUUAAAUAAAUCAUAAAGCAUUCAAUUUUGCAUGUGAUAAAAGUAUAAUUAAUAUCAGAUGUGUAAGACAAGAGAAUAAAACUAAUUGUGAAGAAAUCACUUGGCCUGAUAUUGGAGAAUUAUUUUUAAAUUAAAAGAAAAUCUAAGAUUUCAAACCACUCAUUAAUAAUCAUAGUCUCAAAAAAAGAAAAGAUGAUCAUAUACUUACUACUGAAGUAUUACCAUAAAAUUGUUUAUAAAUUAAAGAAUGUAUACCUACUCCUGAUUAAAGAGGUCAAUAUCGUAUAACUUUAGGUCACUUAUAUUUUCUAGGUGUAUAUUCAAUAGAAUAAUUCAAUUCAAAAUAAUUAUUGGAUAAUAUCUUCAAUUAAAGUGAAAAUUNUAGAUGCCCCACUUUACCAAUUAAUUCAUUCUUUUUUUAAUCAACCAAAAACAUAGCGCGCUUCAUUCUAGAAUGGACAUUUAUUAAAAUGAAAAAUUGCACUCUCCUCAAACAAUUAGAACUUAGUACUCAGACUCACAUCUUAGAUAUUAUUCAUAAGACUUCAUCUAAACAUCAUCUAUCUGACUUAUAAACUCAAUAGAUAUAAUAGUAUUACAAACAACAACCUUCCAUAAACACAUUUCUAGAAUUGUAUUCCCAAAGUUUAUUACGUUGUGAUUGUGUCAAAUACUAAUAAAUUGUAGAUGAAAUCAAUGAUCAAAUUCAUGCCUACUUCUAGACUCAAACUACUUUGAUCUAAAAGAUAAUUGCAUAAGAAAGGAAAUCAUAAUCUGAACCAGAACCUAUGUAAAUAGAAGAUGAUGAAGAAUAGAUUAAUAACAAUAAUAAUCCAGAUGAUCCAAUAUAAUAAGAUGAUCCUCAAUUAUAAUAACCAUCACAAUAAACUAAUAUCCCUUGUUCCUAAUAAUAACCUAUUAAUACAUAAUAAACAACUUAACCAUCCCAAACUAUUGAAGAUGAAAUUUGUAUACCAAAUUCUGUUAAAUUAAAGUAUAGAAGAAUAAAUACAGGACCAUCUGAAAAAGAAGCCAAAUGUGAAUAUUGUGUAUGUCAAGGCAAACCUCCAACAGAAUAAGAAAAUCUAAUUUAAUGUCUAUUAUGUUUGAAUUACUUACAUUUUGCAUGUAUUGCUAAAUCUAAAGAAUCAUUUGAUAAAUGUUACAAAGACUUAGAAUUUGUAUGUCCUCCUUGUGUACUUAAAUAUAUGGAUCAUUUUAACAAAAUAUAGAGUUCUUUAGUACCACCUUCUCCUUUUCAAUAAGUUGGUUAAAUAAAUCAUAAAGCAUUCAAUUUUGCAUGUGAUAAAAGUAUAAUUAAUAUCAGAUGUGUAAGACAAGAGAAUAAAACUAAUUGUGAAGAAAUCACUUGGCCUGAUAUUGGAGAAUUAUUUUUAAAUUAAAAGAAAAUCUAAGAUUUCAAACCACUCAUUAAUAAUCAUAGUCUCAAAAAAAGAAAAGAUGAUCAUAUACUUACUACUGAAGUAUUACCAUAAAAUUGUUUAUAAAUUAAAGAAUGUAUACCUACUCCUGAUUAAAGAGGUCAAUAUCGUAUAACUUUAGGUCACUUAUAUUUUCUAGGUGUAUAUUCAAUAGAAUAAUUCAAUUCAAAAUAAUUAUUGGAUAAUAUCUUCAAUUAAAGUGAAAAUUGGAUGAAUAUUGAAUAAAGCUAAGAUUUCAUAUCUCUUUAUAUGAAUAAACUUUAAGCUGAUGAUAUCAAAGUAGAUAGCAUUACUGUUUAAUUAACAUGUGCAAUAACAUUUAAUUUAAUGAAUACACCUAUAAGAGGAUCUUUUUGUUAACAUAUAUAAUGUUUUGGAUUGGAAAACUAUAUUACAGCAAUGUAUUCUAUGUAACCUAGAAAAUGGAGAUGUCCCAUAUGUAAAAAGAAACUAUUUACUAUUUAAAUUGAUGCAUAUCAAUAUGCAAUCUUAAACACAAUCAAAAAAUAUGAAAUAUAAGUUAAUGAAAUCACUUUCGACAAUAAUGGAUAAAUAGUUAAUGAAAAUAUUCAAAAAUUACUAAAUUUAGAUAAUCUACCUAAUUAUGCAAUUAAAAAUAAUAAUCGUAUGAUUAAUUUAGAGAUGUUAUCAAAUGAAACCAAUAAUAUCUUUUAUAAAUUGUAAAUAGUCAAAACUAAAGAGUCUGUUAAUACAUCACCAUAUUCAAACACUUUAUAAAAUGUAAUAAAUAAUAUGAUGUUAUCAUCUAAUCAACAUCUAAGAAGCAAUAGUUAUGCUAAUUUCUAUGCUAAUAAUUAUUAUAUAAAUCAAAUGAAAUUACAAUAAUAAGCAAGAAUGGAAGAAUAAUAAAAACUUCAAUAAAACAAAUCAAAAAUAGGAUAAAAUCAUGACUCAGCCAUUAUUAUAGAAUGA